CUCUCCAAGAGUUGAUUAGGUUGUGACAGUCUUGGUCUCAGUCGGUCUUUCCUGAAACCUGUCCGAGGUGAAUAGCAAGAGACCGCCAAGAUGUUUGGUGGGACUAGGUUUUAUGGCCUUCGAGGCACGAAGCUCAAUGUCGCCAUUGGUGUGAUCGCCGGGUUGGAUUUCUUGCUGGGCGGCUUGUUGACUUUAGAGUCCUUUGUGGCAGUAUUUCCUGAGAUCGAUACCCGAGGAGAAUCUGGAACGAGCAACCGAGCAACAACACAAGGAAUCUCGAUCGCCUCGUACAAUUUGGGCUGUUUCCUCGGAGCAGUUGUUUGCAUUUGGCUUGGACAAUAUCUCGGACGUAGGCGAACGAUCUUCCUCGGGAGUGCGAUCAUGGUCGUUGGGGCUGUCCUGCAGACGGCAGCCUUUGGACUGACCCAGUUGAUCAUCGGACGUAUCAUCACUGGUAUUGGAAAUGGUCUUAACACAUCUACUGUGCCGACAUGGCAGAGUGAGACUUCGAAAAGUCACAAGCGCGGACAGAUGGUGAUGAUUGAGGGCGCUCUUAUCACGGGGGGCAUCAUGAUCAGUUACUGGAUCGAUUUUGGUUUCUCCUUCCUCGAGCCAAGCACAAUUACCUGGCGUUUCCCAAUCGGGUUUCAGAUCUUCUUCGCUCUCAUCAUUCUGGUGUUUAUCCUCGGACUCCCGGAAUCCCCAAGAUGGCUGAUUCUGAAAGGACGCGAAGAUGAAGCAGUGACUGUGCUCUCGGCUUUGAGCGAUCUUCCUCCAGAUGACGAAUACAUCAUCAGCGAGUUCUCUGCUAUCAAGGAAUCUGUGCUUGAGACUGCUGCGGGCACGUUCAGUGAAGUGUUCACGAUGGGCAAGGAUCGCAACUUUCACCGCGCUGCACUCGGAUAUGUCAACCAGGUUUUCCAACAGAUCUCUGGAAUCAAUUUGAUCACGUACUACGCCGCAACGAUCUAUGAAAACGAGAUUGGUUUAUCGCCUUUCCUCUCACGCAUUCUGGCUGCUUGCAACGGAACGGAAUACUUCCUUGCCUCUUGGAUACCAGUGUUUCUGAUUGAGAAGGUUGGUCGUCGACCUCUCAUGCUUUUCGGCGCGGUCGGCAUGUCGCUCUCCAUGGUCGUUCUGGCUGCUGCGACCUCAGUCGGAGGGAGUGGGCCUGGAGUCGUCGCAGCUGUCUUCUUGUUCAUAUUCAACACAUUUUUCGCCAUUGGGUGGCUUGGAAUGACUUGGCUGUAUCCAAGUGAAAUUGUACCGCUGAGGAUCAGAGCACCUUCAUCGGCACUUUCGACUUCUGCUAAUUGGAUCUUCAACUUCAUGGUCGUCAUGGUCACGCCUGUUGCAUUUGACACUAUCGGUUACAAGACAUACAUCAUCUUCGCGGUGAUCAACGCCUUCAUUGUACCAUGCGUAUACUUUUUCUACCCCGAAACAGCCUAUCGAUCGCUCGAAGAGAUGGAUGAGAUCUUCCACAAGACGACCGGUGUCUUUGACGUUGUUAGCAUUGCUCGUCCAGCCAACACACCGCAUCGGUAUGAUAAGAAUGGUCGUCUUCUCAUCAGCUAUCUCGAGACGGAGGAGCACAGGAGACGAGCAAGUGCUACGCAGCCUGGGGUCAAGGGUGUCAAUGAGAUUGAGAACAAGGAGCGAUCGACGCAUGAUGAAGCGUACAAGACGGAAGGCGGUUUUGCUGCAAGUGAGAAGAGCUUGUAGUGUGGAUUCAUCCGAUGAGGCUUUGGACUCGCAGUCGAAUGCUAUCCUUCAGAUAUGAAUGCGAAUCAGAAUUCAGUGAAAUUGAAGACCGAAACAGACGCAGGUCUCAAAGCUCCAAGUUACUGCAAGGCCACGCAGGAGCACCAAGUCCCCGGCAUCACAACUCUGCCGUGACUGUUG